GGGAGAGGAAGAGGCUGGGGAUCCUGAAACCCAAAAAGUCUUGGAGCUCUCAGUUACUACCCACAUCGAGCCCGCCACAGGCCUUCAGCACCAUGGACAGCCGCAGCGGUCCUGGAAACACCAGCGACUGUUCUGACCCCUUGGCUCCCGCAAGUUGCUCCCCAGCACCUGCCUCCUGGCUCAACUUGUCCCAUGUAGAUGGCAACCAGUCCGACCCAUGCGGUCUGAACCGCACCGGGCUUGGCGGGAGCGACAGCCUGUGCUCUUCGGCUGGCAGUCCUUCCAUGAUCACUGCAAUAACCAUCAUGGCCCUUUAUUCUAUCGUGUGCGUAGUGGGCCUCUUCGGAAACUUCCUGGUCAUGUAUGUGAUUGUCAGAUACACCAAGAUGAAGACAGCCACCAACAUCUACAUUUUCAAUCUUGCCCUGGCAGAUGCCUUAGCGACCAGUACACUGCCCUUUCAGAGUGUCAACUACCUGAUGGGGACGUGGCCCUUCGGAACCAUCCUCUGCAAGAUUGUGAUCUCAAUAGAUUACUACAACAUGUUCACCAGCAUCUUUACCCUCUGCACCAUGAGCGUGGACCGCUACAUUGCUGUCUGCCACCCAGUCAAGGCCCUGGAUUUCCGUACCCCCAGAAAUGCCAAAAUUGUCAAUGUCUGCAACUGGAUCAUCUCUUCUGCCAUUGGUCUGCCUGUAAUGUUCAUGGCAACCACAAAAUACAGACAUGGGUCCAUAGAUUGCACCCUCACGUUCUCACACCCCACCUGGUACUGGGAGAACCUGCUCAAAAUCUGUGUCUUCAUCUUCGCCUUCAUCAUGCCGGUCCUCAUCAUCACCGUGUGUUAUGGACUGAUGAUCCUGCGACUCAAGAGUGUCCGCAUGCUGUCGGGCUCCAAAGAAAAGGACAGGAACCUGCGCAGGAUUACAAGGAUGGUGCUGGUGGUCGUGGCUGUGUUUAUCGUCUGCUGGACCCCCAUCCACAUCUACGUCAUCAUCAAAGCCCUGAUCACGAUCCCAGAAACCACCUUUCAGACGGUUUCCUGGCACUUCUGCAUUGCCUUGGGUUACACCAACAGCUGCCUGAACCCAGUUCUGUAUGCGUUCCUCGAUGAAAACUUCAAACGAUGCUUCAGAGAAUUCUGCAUCCCGACCCCCUCCACGAUUGAACAGCAGAACUCCACUCGAAUCCGUCAGAACACUAGAGACCACCCCUCCACGGCUAAUACAGUGGACCGAACUAACCAUCAGCUAGACAAUCUGGAAGCAGAAACAGCUCCAUUGCCCUAACUGGGUCCCAGGCCAUCCAGAAUCUCGCUGAGCUUAGAAGCCACCAUCUUCUUGGAAUCAGGUUGCUGUUGGGGUGUGUAGGAGGCUCUGGUUUCCUAGGAAACCACCUGAUCCUGCAUCAUUCAAAGUCUGUCCUCUCUAGCUACUUCACUCUGCACAUGAGAGACACUCAUACUGUAACAAGCACUCGGAAGAAGAGAUUAUAUGAUACUACUGAAUCCAGCUCGUGUACAGAACCACCAGAAACACAUGCAGUAAACCACAAUACUCUGUGGUAUGUGAAUUGGGGUCACCAUAGAAGAUGACUCUUCUAUAUGUAGAAUUUCUAUUGGAGUCAUCAUAAAAGAUGACCCUUCUAUAUGUAGAAUUUCUAUUUUCAAGAAAAUACUUAUGACCUUAUCGAAGAAAAAACAUCAGUUGUUAAAUUCAUUGCAGUAACCCAUAAAGUAAAUGCUACCUCUGACCUCUGACCCAGUCACCUUCUAUGGAAAGUCCCAGUCUUUCUAGUCUUCUGUGAGGGAAUACAUUAUGUUUGACCUAUAGUGUUCACCUUGAAAUCAUUGUCUGGUUAAGACAUAGAUGGCACCUGCAUUUCGUGGUUUUGUGUUGUUUGAAAGGACAUCUCCCCUGGCUCCAUAAUGAAAAUGGAAGGGAUGUGAAGCCCAGAAUGGCAGAAUGGUUGAUCUCACACUAAAAGGACUUCCUGGGAGUUAUAAUAUGGUGAUGGUCCUUCCUAACUCCCUUGCUGUCCUCCAAGUGUUCACAAAGUUACCCAGUGAAAUCAUGCCAUCCAAGCAGGAAGCCAAGAGUUUUGCUGUCUUCAUUUCUCUGUAAUUUCUCCACUGCAUGCUCUGUUCUAUGUUAUUUUCUUGGAUGCCCUCUAAAUCAGCAUGAUAAAACAACAGAUGUUAACACUGGGUGCCAGGAAAGUGUAAGCA